ACAUUUUCAGUUAUACUUCCAGUAAACUACAGAGAGUUAUCGAAUGCUCGUGGACUAAACUCUUUUAUUAAAACUAAUAUUUUAUAAAAAAGUAUUUACAAAUUUUAUUUAUUGAUAUAAUAUGGCUAAUUAUCAAGAUCGAUAUAAAGCAAAUAAUGGUUUCGGAAACAUACGAAACAGUCGUGCUAUUCGUGCUAGAAUAUGCGAAAUCAAACGUAAAAAACAGAGGGCCGAAGAUUUUUCAAAAAAACGAGAAUUAGAAGUUGUUGCUGAUAUAGACACGGAAGAUGACAAGAAUAACAGAUACUGCAAGUUAUUGAAAUGGAAAGCUGAACGGGAUAGACUUAAAAAAAUGGAACAAAAAAAGAAAAAACCUGUCUUCAAAGUGGGUGUAGUUCAUCAUAAUUACUAUUCUCCCCCAAUAAAAGAUUCUAGUAUACUGCCUCAUACCAAAUCAUGUUUGCAUAAUCCUAAACAAAUUACACGACCUAUGUUACCACCAAAAAGAGUUACCAGAGCUACUGAAAAACGUCUUCUUAAGAAACAAGAGAUAUCUACAGAAAUACUACCAAAACAAAAUGUUAUAGGAAAAAAACAAGAAAAAUUAUUAGGAAAAGAUACAGAAAAAAAUAGUGUGAAAGAUGAACAAAAAUCUUUUGCACCUAGUAAUUAUAAAUUCACUGCUCCAAGUGGAGUAACAAGUAUGCCUUUAUUUGGUCGUGUGACUAUGUUACAUACACCUGAAAAAGUUUCUGCGCCAAUGAAAAAAGUGAAUAAAGCAAAAGUAUCUUUAUCGAAAGAAAAAUUAGAAUUAUUGGAUCAAGAAUAUGAUGUAGCAACAAGUAAUAUAAGUGAUCAAAUACCUAAUAUUAACAUAAUAAAUGAUUCAGUAAAAGAAAUAAAAUUAUACUUGUCAUCUGAUGAUAAUGAGAUGACAUUUGACUGUCCUGAUAAAGAAGGAGAAUUUCUUAGAAAUAGUACUUUUUCCAAUGACAGUCAUUCACAAAUGAUACCAUCACCUGGCAAUAUUUCAGCUAUUAUAACAGAAAAGGAAAUAUCCAAAAAUUUAACCAAUACUAAAAUUAAAACUUCUUUAUCAAAAAAUAUCUCUAAAAAUAAAACUAAAAACAAGUCUCCUAAAAGUAUAGAUAAUAGCCAAACAAAAGUAACAUCUCCUUUAGCGAUUGCUGAUACCACAUUAACUGAAACAAAUUUAUCUAAAGAUCCAGUAUUUUUUUCGCCAUACAUAGUAUCUAGUCGUGGUAAAAGUAAUGCUAGAAAGGAACAACAAAUACGUCGUGGUAUUGGUUCUCCAUCUGAUGAUAUUCCUACGAAAGAAACAGUUAUGAAAACUCUUAACAUAUCAAUUGAAGAAGAAGAACGCACUGCACAAUAUUUUGCUUUCAUAUUAAAAAAAGAAAUAGAUAGGCUUAAUGAACUUUGUAAGAAAUGGACAGAUAUACAGACAGAGUCAGAUAUUACAGAAGAUGCUCAAUAUCAAAUUAAUCAAGCUAUAGGACAAACACGUUUAUUAAUAAAUAAAAAGUUUGAAAGAUUUCAAAGAUUGGUAUCAGAUUGUGAGACUGGUAAGGGAGAAAUGUUAGUUACUUGCAGAGAUUUACAAGGAUUCUGGGAUAUGACAUAUAUGGAAGUAAUAAAUUGUAAUACACGAUUUGAAGCAUUAGAAAAACUUCGUUCUAGAGGUUGGGAAGAAGAAGAAAUAACUGUAACUAAAGUUAAACCUAAAAAAAAAGUAGUAGCAAAAAAGAAAAUUCUACCCAAAAAAAAAAGUUCAGUCCAUGCUUUUAUUUUGGCUACAAAGCAAAAAAUGAAAAAUAAUAAAGACAAUUCAAAAAUGUUAGAAGAAAAUAUAAAUGAAAACACAAAUGAAUCUUUAACUUCCAUAAAUAAUAUUAAUAUAGAAAACAAAAAUAAAGUCUCAUUCAACAAUAAUACUAGACGAUUGAAAUCUAUGGACUCUAAGGAUGAAUUAUCUGUCUCUAGUAAAAAAAUAAAUUCUAGACAAAGUUUAUUACAUAAAACUCUUUUAUCAGAAUCAUGUAAAACAAUAAAAACUCCGAUAACUUUAAUGAAAAUAAGUCAAAUGUACAAAACUCCUAAAAUUGAAUUGGAUGAUUCUAUAUCAUAUAUUAACUCUAAACAAACACCUAGUAAGAGCAUAUUAAAACGUAAAGAUGAUUUUUCAAUAAAUGCUUUACGUUUAACAAAAUCUAUGCAGAAAGUUAACUUUAAUGAUCAUGUGGUCUUAAAUGAAGUCCCUAUUGAUGAAGAAGUACAAGACAAUUUAGAUCUGGCUGCCAGAUUAGCUAGAAUAGAAAAUUAUGACUUAGAUUCUGAAUACAUAAAUUAUAAGAUAAAAACUGAAAAAAAACUUAAUUUCGAUGAUAAUUCUUUCCAAGAUUCAGAAAAUGACUUACAAUUUAAUACUAAUCAAUUACUUUCAUCGAGUGUAACUAACAAAGAAGAUGAUAUUCUUCUAAACCUAGAGACAUGUGAACAAUUUGUCACAAAUACUUCACCUAAAAUUGAAAACAUAUUAUCAAACAUGUCAUUAGAGAAAUCUGCAGAAAAUAAAACAAACACGAGAACUCUUAGAAACAGAACUGUUAUAACAGAAAACUCUGCAAGAAGAAUGUCUACAAGAAGUAGGAAAACAAAUAUUACAGAAUCAAUUGAUGAAAAAGAUAACCAAAAGGAAAAUAAGAGUCCUGUGAAGUCAAAAAAAGGAUCACGAAGGAUGUCAAAUAAAUUUGAAGAAAAGGAACUUAUAAAGAAAGAAUCCUUCAAUGUCACACAAACAAAUUCAAAAAAGGAGCUAAGAAGAUCCUCUCGAAAAAGUGUGAAGUUUAAUGCUGAAGAUUGUAGUGCCUGUGUAGAAAAUAAAGUCACACAUCCAAUGACGCCGCAUGUUAGACAUAGUAAAGGUAAAUUGAACCUAAGCUAUUUGCAAGAAAAUAGUACAUUUAUAGAAGCUCCUUCACCUAAUACAGAUUUGAUUUCAUGGGAUUCUCCAAAAAUUCCUGCUAGAGUGAGGAGAUCUGUCAGAAAUUCUAAUAAACAUAUACUUUAAUAACGUGUAUUGUAUAAUUUUUGUAUAUAUACUCUUUCACUUAUCAACUAUUUUAAUAUUUCCAUCUAUUUUUCUUGCAUAG